GAUGUCACAAUCCAUGCAUUAAAAUCUGUAAAUAUAUAUGAAUACACUGUCAUGUCCUGGAAUUCUUGUAUAUGGUUUGGUUGAUUGUUCAUUUCUAGCCACAAGGCCAUUUUUGUUGUAGUGAGGUGGAUAUGAACUUAUAUCAUCUUACAGGUUGCAAUCGACUGUAUGGUGGAGAGUUGCAAUGAACCUGCCUGGGUUCUUUCCGACUAACCAAAGAAGUCAAACAAUUAACGCCUAAUAGAACACCUACAUGAGAAAUUUCUAAGCACCAUCAUCGACAAUUUCCUUGAAAAAUUUCCCACCCUUUAUAUAGAUGUGAAAAGUCAACAUUAGCUCUCAAACAGUUGAGUUUGAUCUGCAGACGGUUGGAUUCGCUUCUUUCAAAGUGGGGAUUAUGUUCUUCUAGCGAACAUGUUUGCAAGUGCUAGCCAAUGGAACAAAGUGACAAGAGUGAGAGAGGCAAUGAGAAACAGAGGAGUUCAGAAACCAGAGCCAGUAACAGCCUUGGGAAUGUCAAAAUCAUUCAAGCCAACACUAUAUCCUUCUAAAAAGAGAAUCUCCUUCAGCAAUGGCUGCAACAUAUUAAAGAACUUAACAGCCUCUUCUGUUCCCUUCUUGUCAAGAACAGAAGUAACAAUCUUUGUGAAUGAUGACUGCAGUAAAUCUCUAUUGAAAUCAAUCCUCACCAUUUCACUUUUACUGAUCAAAUGCCUCUCCCCAAAGCAGUCAAAAAACGCAGGUAAAGCACUCUGUACCAUUUGCAAAACAGUCCACAGAGGACCUGUACGGUGAGCCUUAAGCAAAGCAGGUUCCAGUAAACUGGUGAAACACACAUAGCCAACUGUUGCACAGUCGCUUUGUUCAAGAAAAAAAGUCCUAAACAUGAGUUUAAGUGACAAUAAAGAAUCAUGCACCAGUUGUAAAUUCAGACUACCACUAUGAGAACUGCGGAUUUGCUUUUCAACACUAAACAGCUCCAAAACUUCUGCCUUUGCUGCUAG